UGCCUGGUCCACCUUUACCCGCGCUUGGCACGGGGAGCUGCGGGUAAUGCCGCAAAGAGAGGAGGAUGCCGGUCCUGGCGUGGACCAACUACGGCAAGAGGUAGCAACUCUCAGGAGGGACGUCGACACCAUCCGCUCGACCAUGCAAGAUAUGCACAGAGAGGUAGGAUCGGCAGUCCUCCUGCUCAGUCGUUUUGUCGGUCUCCAAUGGAACACCGACGAGGUCGUUGGCCUGGUGGAAGAUAAAACCGCAUUGGCAAGCGAAGCUGUGGACCGACUCGCUGACAACGUCGGCACCCUUCAGCAGCGGUUGACAAUAGCGGAGGAAACCAAACUCGGGGGUACGAGAAGCAAGGCAGCAACCAGCAUUGACGAGGCGUCUGUACCAGACGCUGCUGCAACGAUGGUUGAGCAGGAAUCCUGUUUCACGGAGUUCGGCGCUGGCUGCAACAGUAGCACCCCACGAUGUGCCGCGGAUGAAAGCACGCCAUCGCCAUCAUCUUCGUCGCCGUUAUCGUCGUCGUCGUGGUUGCCAUCGUUGCCUCGAGAUAUGGACAUGGGGGGUAGCGCCAGCGGUCGGGUUGUGUCAGCCCCAGGCCGCCGUGAGGAUGCUGAGGAUGCUGAGGAUGCUGAAAGUGCAGCGGGCAGCGGCGACAAGGGGAAGCGAACAGAUGGCCAGCUUCUUCUGGACGCGGCUGGUGAGGGUUACGGUGCGUCGUUGACAUUGUCCCGGACAAAUCACAUAGAUGAGAAUGGGCAACAGCCGUCCGCAAGCAAACUCCCGCCGCUGAGAACUUCACGGUCUAGUUCAGUUGCCAUCGACGAUGGCGAUGGUACUGGCAUGGCAACAGCACCACUACUACCGAAGGAAAGACAAGGGGGUCUGAGUAGGUGCGGGGAGCUUGCUGCUGCUCCCAGCAAUACCAAUUGCAGUCGGGAGGAGAUUGAGUCAGAAGAUGCAACCGCCAAUUGCAAGGGGUUCGCGAACCCACCCGUCGGCGCCGUAGAAGACCGAGCAGAAACAGCAGCAUCCCCUCGACAGAGUACAACGCCUUCUCUGCAAAGGCUGACAGUUGCUGCUGAAGCGGCUGAUGGUGCUGCCGUUGCGACGAACGAGGCGAAUGGUUCGGCGGGUCAGAUGGAUGCCGAGGAUGCGCUGAUGCGCGGCGGUAGAAGAAAGCAAAACAACGGGGUCAAUGAGGUUGUGGAAAGGAAUAUUAACCCAGAGUCGAGUCAACGAACACCAGUACAACCAUCUCAUGUACGUGCCAGCUCCGAAAUAGCGGUUGGGAUAGCCGGAGAUGCUGUUUCUACUACGUCAAGGAAAGGGACUCUCGUACCGAUUCGGGACAGCAACGGGGAUGAGAAUGAGCAGGGAAGCGGUGAGGAUAAUAAUGAGACGCCAACAGCGUCCGAGCGAGGAGGUGCACAGACAAACAUUGCCACACCAUCUGCACUCCUUCGAACGCGCAAAAGGAGCGCUUCUUCGGGAAGGUUACUCGAUCCUUGGGUGUCGACAGGGGAGACUUCAGCUUUGGUAGGGGAAAAUGGGAAAACAACGAGAGAGCUCAAAGGCAAGGACGAAGAGCAAGGUAGAAUGGGAGACGACGAUGGGGAACAGCGUCAAUCCAACCUCGCCGCCGGCGCAAAUGGCAACGCAGAGACAACAGCUCCCAUUGACACACAAGGUGGCCCUACUCUUCUUCCAAAAGAGUUCCGAGGACUAGCAGGCGAAACCAUUGGCGGGACGACACCAGGUGGCCGAUCUAGUCUUCUAGGCCCGGUACAACCUCGGCCAGCACAAGCUAGAGCGGACAACGCCAUGGACACUUCAGAGACCGGAGGCAAGUCUAACAUACCUCACAACAGUGCGCAGCAAGCGAGUACAAGUAGUUUUCUCUCGGAGGAGGCGCGUCAAAGCCAGAGUAUUAAAUCCAACGAGGGUGGGGGCAAGGAGCGAUCGACACCACCAGUGACAGAGAGGGCAGAGGUGACGACUGUGGAAGGGCUUACCGACAACAACAGUAGUGGGGGCGAGCGGGAGGACAGCAGUCAGACAUCGAGUGGUAGCAGCUUCACUGGUACGACUAGUGACUCUCGGGGAUCUUCUUUUUCCGAACAACAGAGCACGACAACGUCCACUGCCACUAGUACUUAUAGCAGGGCAGCUAAUGGUGGCAGCAGCGACAGCGGGAGGAGGAGGGGGAGGUGGCGGGCAAGUUCAGCGUCGAGAAGGGACCACAUCGAAGAAGUCGCUGUUACGGGAGGUGGCGGCAAUCCUGGGUCGACGGAGGUUGACAGUGGGCUGUCCAGUUUUACCCUUGACCGACCAAGAGAAAUAUCUGAAAAGGGAGGGGAAGCAGCAGACGGUGAUACAGUUAGUGGUGGUGGUGGUGAAGGUGGAGGGGCAGUGAUAACCCCUCGUUCGAAGAGUGGUCAUCGACAACAAUGACAGGCCAGUCAAUCGGGCGAGGCGCAGUCCUUGGCUGUUAUGACAACACCACAUCUGGGGAAAACCCGGCUGCCGGCGCGGAUUAUGUUCGAAGAUAGCCUGACUUCCUGCAUUCUCGAAGCUUCUGUCGUGCUUAGGAGGGUUUGGGUCCAUACCCGGAAGCAAAACGCUGACUCCAAGUGUUACCGCUGCUCCUCUGCUGCGGUCGGAACUCAACAUUGGUUGGAUGGGGAUGCUUCGUGUUGUUUUUGAAUGUUGGACGCCCUUCAUGUGGCACCGUCUAGCUUGAGGUACCCCUCAGCCCACAGUGGAUGUGUUUCAUGACGCGAGACAAAGAGUUGACAGCCAUUUGCAGAACAAACUGAAUGAUUUACACGGAAAGAGGGACAGCUGCAUGUAGCUGAUGUAGCUGUUAUCGCUGGGUGGUGUGCUGAAGAGCGGGUGAAACCACCCCUUGUAGUUUCUAGGCUACCGUAAUAGUCGGAGAGUUGGCACC